AUGGCUCCUGUUGGUGCUGGUCUUUGGCGCACACUGCGUGCGCACCAGGUUUAUGGUGCCAAUACGGACGUUGGAAAGACCAUCGUCUCGACGGUGCUGUGCAAUGCUGUCCAGAGACAGAAACAGAGGGCCGCGUUUCUGAAACCCGUCUCCACAGGAUCGCUAGAUGAGGCUGAUGAUCGGCAUCUGAAGCGGUACGGGGCUGGAACCUUGACCAAGUGCCUCUACCAGUUUGAUGAACCUGUUAGCCCGCAUAUCGCAGCAAGACAAAAGACCAUUCCUCGAGAUGACGACCUGCUCGCAUCUAUUCAUAAGACUCUAUCUGACUGGGCCCGGACGGACAUUGACUUCGCCCUGGUUGAAACUGCUGGAGGAGUCCACUCACCAGGCCCCAAUGGAAACUCACAGGCAGAUCUAUAUCGCCCAUUGCGACUGCCCAUUGUCCUCGUGGCGGACUCGCGUCUAGGGGGCAUUUCUUCCUCUAUUUCUGCAUAUGAGUCGCUUGUGCUCCGAGGAUAUGACAUCCAAUCAGUAUUACUGUUCCGUGACGAUUACUACCAAAAUCAUGAGUAUUUGGGCAACUUUUUCCGCAACAAAAGCAUUCCCCUGGUUCCAUUGCCAGCUCCGCCUGCGCGACCAUCUCAGACUGACGCCAGCUCGCUGGCAAGAGAUGAAGAAGCCAUGUCUUCAUAUUACCAGAAAGUUUCCCAAGAGUCAGACAUAUUGCGCCUGAUCGAGGGAAUGAAUAUCAAGAACAUUGAACGAAUCGAACGCUUGGAAGAAAUGGCCAGCCGUGCCCAGGACCUGAUCUGGUACCCUUUCACCCAGCAUUAUGGGAUGCGUCCAAAAGAUAUUACAGUGAUUGAUUCCGCGCACGAUGACUUUUUCCAAACAUUUGGCACCAGUCGCUCGGAGAAGCCGGAAAGCGAGCUCCGUCCCACUUUUGAUGGCUCGGCCUCUUGGUGGACCCAGGGACUAGGCCACGGCAACCCCGAGUUGUCUCUGUCCGCAGCCUAUGCCGCUGGUCGGUAUGGCCAUGUGAUGUUUGCCGGCGCAGUGCAUGAGCCAGCGCUCGCACUCGCCGAUAACUUAUUAAAAACCCUCGAUAACCCGCGCUUCGCUAAAGUCUUCUAUACGGACAAUGGCAGCACAGGCAUGGAAGUGGCUGUCAAAAUGGGUCUUCGUGUUGCUUGCGACCGGUACGGCUGGGAUGCUACCAAGGAGCAGAUCGGCAUUCUGGGACUCAAGGGCAGCUACCAUGGAGACACUAUCGGUGUGAUGGAUUGCUCUGAGCCAUCGGUUUAUAACAAGAAGGUUGAGUGGUACCGUGGCCGUGGUCACUGGUUUGAUUUCCCUAUCGUCAAGAUGGUCGAUGGACAAUGGAAGGUCGAAAUUCCUGCUGAACUGAAGGCUGAACUCGGCUCCGAUGCUGAGUUUGACUCGCUUGGCUCGGUGUUUGAUUUGAAUACCCGUUUGAGCUCUGAGACGAGCCAGCGCUAUAAGGAUUAUAUUCGCAAUACCAUCGAGGAUCUGGUAAAACGCCACGGUAUGAAAUUCGGUGCUCUCAUUCUAGAGCCUGUCAUCCUGGGUGCUGGAGGCAUGCUUUUCUGCGAUCCUCUCUUCCAACGAUGCUUGACCGAUGUCGUCCGCGAUCACCCGGAACUAUUCUCUCCCGACGCUUCGUCCCCCAAGCCUUCCCCAUCAUGGUCGGGCUUGCCAGUCAUUUUCGAUGAGGUCUUUACUGGUCUCUACCGACUUGGUCGACCAACAUCCGCCUCUUUCCUCGACGUGCACCCUGAUAUCGCCGUGAACGCAAAGCUUCUCACUGGUGGUCUGAUUCCCCUGUGUACAACAGUGGCUAGCCAGGAGAUCUUUGAUACUUUCUCGAGUCCCGAGAAGAGUGACGCCCUCCUCCACGGUCAUAGUUAUACCGCUCACGCAGUGGGAUGUACUGUUGCUGUUGAUUCACUCAAAGCCAUGGCUGACAUGGAUAAAAACGGUUCGUGGGAGAAAUUCAAGACCGACUGGAGCCCUAAAGCCGCUGCUCCCGCCAAUACUUCUGUUCCAGAUGUAUGGAGCGUCUGGUCACAGAGCCUCCUAAAGGACCUCUCCUGUGCUGAAUCUGUCGAGAGUGUCUUUGCGAUCGGCACUGUUCUUAGCAUUUCGCUUCGCGAUGCCCAGGGUGGUGGUUACACUUCCAACGCAGCCAAGGGAUUACAGCAGCAACUUGCUAUUGGUAGUGAUAAGUUCAAUGUCCACUCUCGGGUUUUGGGUAAUGUACUCUACUUGAUGUCCAGUGUUACGUCAAAGCCAGGGUCACUUCAGGAGCUGGAGAACCUGCUGCGCUCGUCGCUUGUCUGA